AUGAAAACCCAUACUAUUUUUGGCGGGUUUUGGUUCUUUAUCAUCACCAUCAUCCUAACCUUGCUACAACUUUGCAAUGGAAAAGUAUUCAUGGAAUACAUCGGAGCAACGGGAAAGCCUGUGACGAUGGACGAGGUUCCGAUUGACGACGGCAUCGACUUCCACUUCAUACUUAGUUUUGCUAUAGACGCAGAUGCCUCCGGCAACCCCCAAAACGGAAUAUUCAAACCUUACUGGGCGUCAUCGUUAACGCCGGAGUCCGUAGCCGCAGUUAAAUCCAAGCACCCAAAUGUAAAAGCUAUGGCGAGCCUCUCUGGUUGGAGUCUCGAUUCCACAACACUUCGUUGGUAUCAACCGGAAAACUCUCAGACGUGGAUCUCAAACGCCUUUAAAUCUCUCAAAUCCAUAAUUCAAACCUACAAUCUAGAUGGUAUCGAUAUCGAUUACGAGAACUUUCCGAAACAUAACGAAAGUUUCAGUUACUGCAUUGGCGAACUCAUAACCUACCUAAAAAACCAAAGCGUCAUUUCAGUCGCUACAAUCGCACCGUAUCGGCUAACGACGAUACCUUACGUGCAACUAUUCGCCGCAUACGGCGGCGUUAUUGAUUAUGUUAACCACCAAUUUUACACAGAUAAAGUGAGGACGACGGAAGCGUACCUGGAAGAUUUCCAGCUGAGGACGGCGCAGUUCGACAAAGAGAAGGUGUUGCCGAGUUAUGAAAUCGAUGGAAGAGGGAUCCAAGGCGAGGCGUUCUUCGAUGCAUUGCAUAUUUUGGAGGAAAAUGGAUUCGAUAUCAAUGGGAUUAUGAUAUAUUCAGCAGAUGCAUCUGCUUCAACCAAUUUAACCACCAAAUUCUAUUACGAGCAGAAAUCACAGGAGUUCUUGCUCAAUUCUUCAAGGGUUUGA